AUGCAUAACACAAGAACCGGAAUAUCAGAUAUGGUUCGAACGGCACAGGAGGGCGAAAUAAAGAGGGCCGCAACUCUGAAAAUGUCUGCUGAGGCUAGGCUACUGCGCCACCAAGAACUGGAGCGUAUUAGAAAGCAAGAGGAAGAAGAGUAUACGGAUGACUCAAAUCAUGUCCGAGGUCACAAUGGAUCCCAGACCUCCUCAUCGCGGUACAGCAGUCGUCACUCGUCAAUUGAACCCUCCUACACCUCCAGCGCCUAUGGCAACGACCCACGGGAGCUGAAGCGCCUUCUUUUGCAGUUGGAAGAGAAGUACAAGGAGGUUCUCGUGAUCAACGCUCAGCUGGACUGUGAGAAGCAGUUUCUUACCUAUUCUGUGGACUUGCUGAAGGAUAAAUUGGAGGACGCCACUGAAUCCAAUCAACAUAAUCAAAAAUGUGCUGCGGACAGGAAAAAGGAGUUGGCCUACCAACGAAUGCAGUUGGUGGAGCUGAACCAUCAAUUAGAGGUAGCGCGGCAACAGAUAGCGAUUCGGGAUGAGCUCAUCGCAGAGCGCGGUCUGGUGCUGGUGAGUGCGGAUGGCAGCGAGGGCAGAGCUGGGAUGGCCAACGGAGACAGAGAACAGUCUCUCCUCAAUGGAGCUGCUGUUUCUGAAAUCUCCCACCCCUCUGUCACCCUCCAACCAUCGCUCCAAGCCCUUUCCUCUAAUGCUGCUCCACUCACCGCCUCCGCCUCCUCUUACACCAUCCUUUCCAAGUCGAAUGCAGAGGCACUGAAGUCCAUUUGUGGGUCUGAUAUCGAUGCGAAAAUAGCAUCUCUAUUGGAGGAGCGGGCGAAGGACAAGGAAUGCAUCGAGACGCUGAAGUUGCACCUGGCAGAGGAGCGUGAGCGGAUCGAACUCGUGCAGAAACUGGAUACCCGCGCCAAGGGCGGCGAUUCGGAGAACUUACGACAAGCAGUUCAAGCUGCUCGAUCUCAAGCUCAGGAUUACAAGUUUCGAUUAGAACAGGCCAACCAGAAGAUUACCGGGUUAGAGGGUGAUAUCAUACGACUGGAAGGUCAGGUGAAGCGCUUCAAGACUAUUGCAGAAAAUGCUGAGAUGCAGGAGGAUCAAAUGAAACAGGAAAGACGGAAAAUCCAUCGCGAGCUUCGUGAGGCCCUCUCAACAAUUGAUGACCUCAAGUCAGAGAACUCCACACUCCAGCGAAAAAUUGACAAGCUCUCUCGCAGUCCACCUGGGGUGCCAAGUGGUUCCGGCCUUCGAUCCUACCGUGGCUCCUCGCAGGCUCGGUAG